AUGAACGACUCAUCUUCCACAGGUCUCCCUUCAUCGCAUCAGUUCUUCCUGCCCAUGUGCCUGCAGGAGAGCUCUGUCUCUCCGGGCCUCUUCUGUUCGUCUGGCAUGUUUCCAGCCUCUAUGUCGGGCAGCGACGCCACCGUCGUUACCGUUAACGGCUCUGGCCACUGCGAGGCCUACAAUUCUUUGGCCGGAGGAGUUGUAUCCAGCGUCUAUCCUGGCGACCUGAUGGCUCAUCUGACAGGAGCUGUGGUCACCUCUUCAUCCAGCUCCACCCUCCUCGCCUCCGCCUCACAAGACGUAUGCAUGACGACUCCUCAUUCCGCCUCUUGCGCCACCGCUGCCACGGCAGCCAUCACCUCCUCGUCGAUCUCCUCCUUUUGCGUGACGCCAUCGAUAGCUGCUUCGUCAGCAUCUACGGCCUCCAGCUCUGCCUCCUCCUCCACCAUCCUCACUGACGCCGCUGCUAAGACGCAUUCCGCACCUUCAGAUUCCGAUUCCUUUUUACUGCUUGGCCCCGAGGAAACUGAUGCCAUGGAGUCUGGAAGUCUGCAGUCAGGAUUCCUGGCAGAGGGUGUCGGUCGACAGUCAGAUAUGGAGCAAAGAUACGUCUUUCCGGGGCUCGGAGUCAACGAGUUCUUGGCAUCUGCUAGAGGCCCAUCAGAAUUCCAGCCAGCCGCUGACGACACAGAGGCCUAUGCUCAAUACCAUCUGGCCUGCCCUUCGUCGUUCGUGUCACUUGUGCCCAUCACCAAUGCCCUAUCAACUACUACCACCGUUUCCACGGCCACCGCCUCUACAACAGCCUCCUCGACCGGCUCAGUCUCUCUGUCUGGACUGGCUGAGUCGGAAGGACAGGUUUUGAUGUACAACACAGGCCCGGGCACAAGUGAACUAACUGCCAACAUACCUCCCAGGGGGAGUGGUAUCGGACAAACCAACUCGGGGCUCACGACGAGCCCAUCCGUUAGACUGGAUCUUCUGGAAGGUCAGGGCCAACUGUUGUCAUCGUCCAAUACAGUCUAUCUGCCCAUGACAGGCGGACACGGUAUGGGGGAGAGUUUCUCCUCUGGCACACUCGAAGGGGAGAACGGACAGUCCACAGGACACAUUUCUUCAAUGAUACAGCACCAUCAUCAGCACAAUCUGCCUCAUUCCCUUCCUUCUCAUCGCCAUCGUCAUCUCCAUCAG